AUGUCUGACAGAGAUACCAUACCUGACAUAGACACUACGCCUGACACGGAAAUUAUCUCCGACACGGAUACCAAGCCUGCAGGCUCUGAUAUGAUGGCAGCUGAGCUCUACUGCUCAUUAGCAGAGGGAUUGAUUUCCAAAGCACUCACCCUUUCUCAAGAUUUGUGGCCAUCAACCCAGCAUCAUAGAGCCGCUAUAGAAUCGAUCCACAAAGGUCUCUUUGGCUAUUUUCCGAGUGGCUCUUGCAUGAAUAAGGACACAGCAGCUGCUGAAUACCUACUCCGGGAACCCUUCCGUGAUGGCUCAAGUAUUACGCCUAGGGGCACACUUACGGCUUCGGGCGUAGAUAACCCGGUUCUUCCCGCGGCGGGUAUGUUGCAAUGGAUCAAGAAGGAGACUAGCCUUCAAGCUCUCGAGCUCAUCUUCCACGACAACACCGAGAAGAAUACUCUGGAGGCUCCGUACGCUGUGAUUGAAUGGUUGCGCGGCAUUACUCGUGACUACGCCUUCAAGCACGGUGAUUGGGCCAAGCUCAGCGUGGAUCGAAAACUUUCCUUUGCGAAAGAACUGGGCCAGAUUUACAAGCUCUGGGAACUCACGCGUCCUUCCUCCGUACAGCUGAGGGUGACUGAUCCACAGUUUGAUAAACCCCCUGAAUCGCUGGUCCUAUCCGAGAAACCAGAAGCCUUCAUUCAACCCUUGGGUAAUGACACAUACUCAGAAAAUGAGCCCAAAAUGGACUACAUCGUGGGAGAAAACGAUUUGUUUCCAUGGGAUCGGAUCAGGUUGGACCCCGACGAUCUAUCUAUCGAAGAGGUGGUCAUGGUUGCGCCAUUUGACCCUGAGGAACGGAACGCGCCCGACAUGUUGAACCUGAACCAAGAUGGGAAAUUGCACGCGCCCUUCCGCGGCGUGGUUCUAGACCUGGCGAAUCGGAAAUCCAUUAUUACCCGAAAGGCGCUAGCGCUCUGUCAGUUGACGAGAUGGGAUGAGUCUUCGAUCCGGGAAGCUAAGUUGAUGGCGCACCGCUGGCGUGAUCUGAGGAAAUGGUAUUUGAAAGCAUGUAAACCUAAUCUUAAGGUUAACAGGCAGAAAGCCCUGAGUCGCGUAACACUGGCUGACGAUGACAAAUCUGGAAUCGAGAAUGAGGAAUCCUGCAACACGCCAGAGACAGUCAGUACCUCGCAUGCUACACGCCCCAGAGAGCCAACAACAGCCACGAACGAUGAUGAACCCAUGUCAGAAGCUCUCCUAGCUGCUCUGGGAUUUAGUGACCUACCCCCGAAUGCAGCGGCAGGCCUUAACGCUCCUUUACAAAUCACUUUUGCUCAGCUUCCUGAUGAACUCCCCUUUAUCCCAUCCGAAAGUCUGCCGGCGGUUCCGGAAGUUAGUCUAACGGAUGAGCUACCUUCUUUUGAAUUCGUUGAUCCAAGUGACAGCUCUAAAAAUUCGAAGGUGGCCCAAGACGAUGAGGUUCUAUUAGAAGAUUCUGCGAAUUUUUCCAUAGAGCCUGAGGCUUUAAAAGCAAGUCUCAAGGAUGAGUUCCCUUCCACGGUAUCAGCCAAGCCCAUCAGUAGACCAGCAACAACACCUGCUCAACAUUACAAUGCCUCCUCUAAGUUACCAAAGAACGAUAGCCCAGAGUCUGUAAGUUCUUCAGAAAAAGACGAAACUCGGAGUCCUACAUCAACUCUUCUCGCCAGUUCCGUAAAAUCGGACAAUUCCAGCUCUAUGGCUUCUUCAAUAUCUACUAUGUUCAAUCCCAUGAAGGUGAAUUCCUACUUUGUUGCCUCGAGCCCCACCAAUCAAGAUGGCGAACGUCAAGAGAGUAUUAACCUAGAAGAUGAACUUCUAGGUGCGGGGCCCGAGCCCGAAGAUGACAGUUCAACGGAACGUUCCAAGAUUGUUCCCAAGAACGAAGAGGACUCAGAUUCAGAUAACGGGGGUUUUCUUACCCUAGCCGAUGAACUCGCCAAUGUGGAAUUCGGAACUGAAGAAGGGAGUUCAGAGAACGAUGCAGACUCAGACAUCGAGGGGAAUGGAAAUCAGCCAUUGCAAGGUGGGUCAGAUGGCUUCGCGGGAACACUGAGAAAGCCACGUAAGGGCAGCUGGGACAGUUCUAUGUCACACCAUAGUGCUGUAUCGAGAAAUGAUGCCUCGCAACACCAUCAAGUGUUAAAACAAAACAUUCUGAAGGGCUCUAAUGAAUCAGAUGAAAGCGAUGCUGACACGACGGCGGAUUUGAUUAAAGAGCGUGCAGGUAGGCUAAAAGUUUACCUGGAUGGGCUGGAGAUGUCGGUACUGGCGCAUUUUGAGAAAAAAGAAGGAAGCCAUUCAGAAGAGAGACCCAAGCCAGAUGGGGAGCAGCAUCCCGAAGAUGCGCAGUCCAUCACCAGCGAGGAAAGCGAGCCCAUGGUAUUCUUCGAUGAGAAGAAAGAGGACGACAUAUCUGAGGAAUUACGGAACGUAGCUGGAAAUUUUUCGGCAGUCCCUGAUGCACCCCAAUCCCCUUGCAGCUGGGUGCUCUGGUUCUACCACAUCCUCAUGGGCUUCGCCAUGGGCUCGGCGAUUUGGAUCCUCAUCAUCCUGGUGGUGCUGUACGUGAAAACACCGAGAGAUGGGAAGAACAUAUGCGCGUCCCACAGUGCUUCGGGCAGUAGGGUGGAGAUAGGGGACGGGGCUAAGCCGACGUAUUUCUACGGGAUGCAGCUUGCGGCGGCGGGGCGUGGGUCUUCGGAUUACUGA